UGUGAACAACUGAUUUCAUUUCGAUGUGGACAGUAUCGCUCUCAGGAUGGCCGAGGUCAGGAAGCUCGGAGCUCUGGACUGCCUGACAAGACAUCGGAUUGGCUAUGAGCCUAUGACAGUGGGACAUCGAGAAGAGCUGCGAGAGAACAUGAUAUCGCAUGUGACCAAGUACAAUGGGCGCAUCUGAGUCUGCUCGCCCCUUUUCGAAACUACGCGUCUCGUUGGAUUUCAACGACCUCACAUCUGCUUACUGAUAUUCUACGACGACUCAUGCACACAUAUGCACACCUCCUGGGACAGGCGCCGUCUUCCUAGUGCUUGACGAAACCUGUUCAUCUCCAGGAAGCGCAGAUGGCCUGCCAUGCCCUGGGAUACGCCACCGGCCAAUCUUUGUGCCGCCCGAGCUUUCUUUGGCUUCCUUGAGCGUCUGUGUCUAAAUCCGCCACUCUGGCGCUGGGCGCUUGGUGGCUGUGAGCCGUGGCAUUGUCCUGGUGAGGCAGCGUGCAUGAAGAACCGCUGCUCGAACAUGAGGCGAAGCACUUCACCUCUUACCUUUGACCAUGUCACCAGCUGCAAAACAACAGGCCGACGAAGGAGCGGUCGAAAAAUCGCAGACCCACGGAUCGCAGUCCGGUGAAAGACUGCCCGCGGAACCGCAGACUGACGAAUCACAGUCUGAAGAAUCGCAGGCCGACGAAUCGCAGGCCGACGAAAGACAGUCUGAAGAUUCGCAGACCAAGGAAUCGCAGACCGAGGAAUCACAGACCGAAGAAUCACAGGCCGACGAACCACAGUACGAUGAACCACAGCCUCCAGAAGUGCAGACCAAGGGAGCACAGGCCGAUCAACGACAGGCAGAAGAAGAGCGUCUCGAGCGCGAGAGGGCCAGUGGAAAUAAACUUUGGAGCGCCUACAUCGCCGAGGCGCAAAACUACGAUCAGGGUCUCCUCGAAGGCUGGCGCAGCGAGAUGGAUGGUCUGCUGAUCUUUGCCGGUCUCUUUUCGGGCGUUAUCACGACUUUCAUCAUUGACAGUUACAAGACCCUGAACCCCGACUCGCGCAGCCAGACCGUCGUGCUCCUUCGCCAGACCGUCAUACUUCUCACCCAGAUCUCGCAACAACUUGCGAACAUGAACAACGGGACUGCGAUGGCGGACGCACUGCCUCCCGCCGCUGCCUUUUCGCCGCCGGUCUCCUCUCUCGUCUGCAACGCACUUUGGUUCACCAGCCUCGCAUUAAGCUUGUCGAGCGCAUUCAUCGCGAUGCGGGUCAAGCAUCGGGUGCAACACUUUCCCCACCGCACGGCCAUGUUUCCCACCGUCUUCACCCAGUCAUGCAUGUGCAUGUACCUUCACGGCGGUUCGCGACGCUUCAAUGCCAAGGCCCCUCUCCUUCUCCUGCACGCGGCACUGGUCCUAUUCUUUGUGGGUCUUGUGGCGUUUCUUGCGCCCGUUAGCGUCAUCGUCAUGAGCAUGUUUGCCGCUAUCCUCCUCUUCUUCACUGUUUUCUAUGGAAUAUUCACCGGAUACCCAUCCUUGCUUGGGAUUGUUUACGCUAAUCCGUUCGGUCCCUGCCUCUACUCUACUGAUGUUUGA